AUGGCAGAGUUCAGCAAGUUUAAAGAUGACACCAAACUGAGCUUUUCUGGGGCUGUGUGCUGCCCAGGAUGGAGGCAACAAGGAGAUGAAUGUUUAAUAGCUGUCUGUGAAGGGAACUUCACUUGCAAGGAGAAUGAGGUGUGUGUGAGGCCCAAUGAAUGUCGCUGUCGCCAUGGAUACUUUGGAGCCAACUGUGACACGAAAUGUCCUCGCCAGUUCUGGGGUCCUGAUUGUAAGGAAAUGUGCAACUGCUACCCCAACGGCCAAUGCGAGGAUGUCACAGGCCAGUGCACAUGCAAUCCCAACCGCUGGGGCCUCAAGUGUGAGAACAUUUGCCUCUGUAAGCAUGGCAAGUGUGACCAGAAGACAGGCAAGUGCACCUGUGAGCCAAAUUGGUGGGGUCUCCAGUGUUCCAGCUCCUGCUACUGCAGCCACAAUUCCCAGUGUGACCAGCAGACAGGGAACUGCAUCUGUCAGCCAGGCUGGUGGGGUCGUGGCUGUAACAACCAGUGCUCCUGCAACAACUCGCCAUGUGAGCAGUUCACCGGGCGCUGCCAGUGCCGUGACCGUACUUUUGGCCCUCGAUGUGAUCGCUACUGCCAGUGCUAUAAGGGAAAGUGUAACCAGGUGGAUGGAACGUGUACCUGUGAGCCAGGAUACCGGGGCAAAUACUGCCGAGAACCCUGCCCAGCUGGCUUCUAUGGACAAGGCUGCAGGAGGCGCUGUGGACAGUGCAAGGGGCUGCAGCCUUGCACAAUUGCUGAUGGCCGCUGCUUGACAUGUGAAGCUGGUUGGAAUGGCACCAAAUGUGAUCAGGCCUGUUCACCAGGGUUCUAUGGAGAGGGCUGUGGGAAAAUCUGCCCUCCAUGCAAAGAUGGCCACACCUGCAACCACAUCAAUGGCAAGUGCUCGCACUGCAAUCCUGGAUGGAUUGGAGAUCGGUGUGAAACCAAGUGUCGCAAUGGGACGUAUGGUGAGAACUGUGCCUUUGUGUGCAGCGAUUGCUUCAACGGCGAGUGCCACUUUGAAACGGGCAGAUGCCUCUGCCGGGCAGGCUCCCACGGCACUUACUGUAACCUGACCUGUCCACCUGGUCAGUAUGGAGCCAACUGUGCUGAGUUCUGCAGCUGCCAUGAUGACACGUGUGAUCCCAUGACUGGAGCCUGUCACAUGGAGGCGAAUCAGCGAAUGGGGGUGAUCGGGGCAGGGGCCCUGCUGGCUCUAUUGCUCAUCCUCCUACUCUCAUUGCUCUGCUGCUGCUGUAUCUGUCGCAAGAAGGAAGAUGCCCACAGCAUAAACCAGGACACAGCUGCAGUCAAGAAAUCCCCAAGAUGUUUGUGUGGCCGGUUCAGUCUUAUUAGCAUGAAACUACCCCGAAUUCCUCUGCGCCGCCAGAAACUGCCUAAAGUUGUAGUGGCUCACCAUGACUUGGAGAAUACCAUGAACUGCAGCUUCAUUGAACCACCUUCUGUGGUUGAGCAACCAUCCCCCUCCUGGUCCUCCCGUGGCUCCUUCUCUUCCUUUGAUACCACAGAUGAGGGGCCAGUGUACUGUGUACCCCAUGAGGAGGGUGUGAGUGAAAGCAAGGAGAAGGGCACCUCCUGCAGCCUGCUGGAGAAGCUGACACCCCCAAUCAUCACAGAGGAGGCUGGCGAGUACACCUUCCUGAAAGAGACAGGCUCUGUCAAGGCUUUCCAAGCUGACAGCAGUGAAACACCCCUGCUCAAAUCAUCUGACAGCGAGAGGUCAUCCUGUGGGUCUGGCUCUGCCAGUGGGGCUCUCUAUGCAAAAAUUGCCCGCCUCUCUAAGCAGUCCAAGGAUGAAGAUGAAAAUACAAUGGAUACCAAAAGCCCUGUCAUUAGUGGCAAACCUCCUUCUCCUGAAAGAAUCAAACCCCCUCCCCCAGAUCCAUCCACAAAACCCAAAGUGUCCUGGAUUCAUGGAAGGUACAAUGCCAACCAGUCCAAUUCAUUGCCUGCUCCCAGUAGAUCCCCAGAGAGGGCACUCAUGCAGCCUGAUUGCUCUGAGCCCACCCAGGGCUUAGCCAAGAGAAAGAGAAGCCCAAGUGAGACUUCAGCUAGCCUGCAUGCCAAAGCUGAUGAAAAAUGCAGCAUGAGGAGCAAAGACAAAGCACAGAAACAUCUGAAAGAGUUGAAUUUCCCAGAGAACAAAGCCUCCCUCUGUGGGGAGCCUCAGCUACCAUCCAAGCCCAAACAAAGGAACAAAACUAGUUCAGAGCAGAUGGAGAACAUCAAUGGAGCUGUCCAGAAUGCUCUCAAAAAGAUUGGUAGCUACCACCCAGAGAAGAAAGGAGCGGAAGGCAAGGAGGCCCCUAAGAGUCCCAAUCUCAGUAAGCCACGCUCCGAGACCAUUCAUCCCCAUUUGUCUUCAGAGGCAGCCACUUUACUAGCUGCACAACUGAAAGAAAAAACUCAGAGCCUCAACAAGGGUGACAGCAGCACUAGGCAAAAUGGAAUGAGUCCCUUGCAGUCCCAGAGGGAGAAGCCCACCCCUCCACAGAAAGCCAAGCGUUCAGUGGCUACCAACAACCAGAAAUCCAGCAAGCCAGUGCUUCCCACCUCCCCCAACUUGCAAAAACUGAUCAGCCCUGUGUCAGAGACCAUGGUCAGUGAAACGAAAAGGGCAGAGAAGCAAAAUUCCGGCAGCAGCCAGGAGCAGGCACCCCUGAGUGACCAGGCCAGCAAGAAAAUACCUAUUAAAAAGCCCCCAAGAAAGAAGAGUAGGGAAGCCACCUUGGAGCAGCCCAAAGCAGCCAUAAUGCCCCCUCAAAUCGUGCAGUAGUGGAGACCCAUGGGCCCCAGGCCCUGACUCUGGCCUACUACCACAUUGAAUACCUGUUGGAUGGGAGGAAGCAAGUCUGCAGCUGGGAGCAGGUGCUGGAGAAACUUCAAAACCUUCUCUCUGUCAUGUCCUAGGGUUUUGGACUCCCUCGUCUAUCAGAGAUGCUCGUCCCAAUGCUGAAAUCUGCCCCAUACCAUGUAUCCUCUUCUCUGCAUGGUUCUGGGCAACUCACAUUGCAUGUCUCAUUGGCAGAGAGAGGGACCAUAUAGAGCUGUCCUUGUGUGGGAGGCUUGGCCAGCUUGUGUUGUCUACCUGGGAACCCGAAGAGCUAUGUGAGGCUCUGAGCAGGGCAAUGCCCUUUUUAUAGCAGUAUUAUUGAUUUGUAUAAGCAGUGCUUGUUUUACUAGAAAUACCCAUGUUAUAUUCUGCAAUAAUGGAUUAGCUUGCUUCCUGUAUUCUAGUCCAAUCUCUCAAGUGUCCUUGGUGAAUGGCAGCAAGAGGCCAAGGCUUCUGCUCCACAUAUUAGAGUGGCAGAUGAGACCUAUAUCAGCCUUUCCAUGUUGCUAUCCAUGUGCCCAGGGCCAUAGAAAAAGCUUGGUCCCAUCUGCCUUCCACCUGCAUUUCUGCUGCAGAGGAGAGCUGACUCCAGCUGUCUCCAGAGCCGGUAUGAUCCAGAGUGGUGGAGUAAGGUGAUCAAUGUAUAAACUCAAAUAAGUUUUAGUUUGAGUUGCUUCCUUGCCAUUUUAGCUUUUUAUUUUCUGGAGAUGUAGACUUUCCUGGGCACUGUCAUCCUCUUUAAGCAUGCUGCUUUGGUCAGUGUGGGUCGAGCUGGUAUCGACCAUCUAAGGAUGUUUCUUUUGGGGACAGCUAUGAAUAAGAACCUGUUUGUGGCCUAACUUGAAGAUACUGUUCAGAGACACUGUCCCAACUUAGGGGUCCCAUCCAGUGGAAUUGGAUGGAGUGACUUGGUACGACAGAGUCUGACAUCUUUCCAGAAAGUUUUCAUAAUAAAAGUGUGUUU